UGCCUGCUAGGAAUGGUGAGGAAUUGACAGAUCAGUUCCUGCUUGAAGUGGUAGAAAUUCUCCUGAAUUAUAUUAAAAAAACCUAUGAUGGGAACAGUAAAGUUCUGGACUUUCAUCACCCGCAUCAGCUUCUGGAAGGCUUGGAAGGGUUCAGCUUGGAGCUGCGUGAUCAGCCAGAGCCUUUGGAACAGAUACUUGUUGACUGUAGGGAUGCCUUAAAAUACGGAGUUAAAACAGGACAUCCUCGCUACUUCAACCAACUCUCCAGUGGCCUUGACAUUGUUGGACUAGCUGGUGAAUGGCUGUCAGCUACUGCAAAUACAAACAUGUUUACAUAUGAAAUAGCUCCAGUGUUCGUUGUCAUGGAGGAGAUGCUUCUCAAGAAAAUGCAUGAAAUGGUUGGAUGGGGAGAAAUGGAAGCAGAUGGUAUAUUUUCUCCUGGUGGGACCAUAUCAAACCUCUACAGUGUUCUUGUGGCUCGUUAUAAGCGGUUUCCUGAGAUUAAAACCAAAGGCAUGGCAGCACUUCCACACAUUGCACUGUUUGUUUCUGAACAUAGCCAUUAUUCAGUUAAGAAAGCUGCAGCAGUCCUUGGAAUUGGGACAGAUAAUGUAAUUGCAGUAAAGUGUGAUGAAAGGGGGAAGAUGAUUCCAUCAGAUUUGGAGGCAAAAAUACUCAAAGUCAAGAGACAGGAUCAUAUCCCACUCUAUGUCAGUGCCACAGCUGGUACAACAGUGUAUGGAGCCUUUGAUCCUCUUGACAACAUUGCUGACAUCUGCGAGAAGUAUGGACUCUGGAUGCAUGUGGAUGCAGCAUGGGGAGGUGGGCUGCUGAUGUCUAGGAAACAUUCCUUUAAACUUAAUGGCAUUGAAAGGGCCAAUUCUGUCACCUGGAAUCCACACAAAUUGAUGGGCGUUCCACUUCAGUGUUCUGCCUUCCUGGUCUGUGAAAAGGAUCUUCUGCAAGCCUGUAAUCAGAUGCGUGCUGGGUAUCUGUUCCAACCAGACAAACAGUAUGAUACAACUUACGACACAGGAGACAAGACCAUUCAGUGUGGCCGGCAUGUUGAUGUCUUCAAACUUUGGCUAAUGUGGAAAGCUAAGGGCACUCGAGGCUUUGAGAUUCUUAUCAACAAAUUCCUUGAACUUGCAGAGUAUCUUUACAAGGAACUGAAUUCAAGAGAGAACUUUGAGCUUGUAUUUGAUGCUGAACCUGAACUCACCAAUGUGUGUUUCUGGUACAUUCCACCAAAUCUUAGAAGAAUACCAAAUGGGCCAGAACGAGAGAAAUUACUUCAUCAGGUUGCUCCAAAAAUAAAAGCACGGAUGAUAGAAGAAGGAAUGACAAUGGUUAGCUACCAGCCGCAUGGGGACAAAGUGAAUUUUUUCAGAAUGGUCUUUUCUAACCCAGCUACUAGGAAAUCAGAUGUUGACUUCCUCCUUGAAGAAAUUGAAAGGCUUGGCAAGGACUUGUGAUAACUGAUGCUGCACUUUGAAAUGGGAUCAAUUUUGUGCUGCCAGAGUGGGCACCAUUAAAAAAUGUUACAUUUGCUACUCCAUGUUAGUUUAAUGUAUAAUGGCACCUCCUGUCCUAAGGAUAGGAAGAUACUGCAGUUACUGGAGGUACCUAGAGUAAUGAAAGCUCAACCUUUUUUUUAAUGGAACUCCCUUUAGACAAGAGAUCUCAUCGUUUCACAGGGCUUGAGAGUCACCUUCUUAACUGUAUCUUUUUCCUCCUCCUCCCCCCCCCACCCCGGUUUGUUUUCUAGCAGAGCGGUAUUGGGGCUUCAUAUGCCUUCUGGGCUGCAGCAGAGUGGACUAAGAUUAAGGUUUACCUUUGCUUUCAUAGGCUCCUUUGAUGGGUCUUAAGCCCUAUAAAUAUAGCACUCUUUUGUCAUUAGUUAAAGAGAGCAGAAUACAGAGGCAGGAGCUCCAGAAGAGCCUUUGGCUCAAAGCUUUCUUCAUCACAGUGUGUGUGAAACUUCAUAGCUACUCGUGGCAGUCAAAAAUUAUCCUAGAAUACAGCUUUUUUUUGUUUUCUGUCAAGCCACAUUAGUACUUAGUAGGAAGUGUUGUUUGGAUGCUUGCACCUUUUAUUGGUUUCUAUCACUCGCUUUGCUUUGGUUUAGUAAACACGUCUGUGCAGCUUCCCUUCACUCUCCCCUUUUUACAUUGCAUUUGACAUCUCGAGUUUAGAGUAAUAGUGUAAUUCAUCCUAUGUGUCCAUGCAGUGGAAUAAAAGAACAUGAAGGGCAUUACUCUCUGGUACUGGUUACUGUUAUAGCGUAGACUGUUCUGUGGAGCCCUUACUCUCCCUCUGGUGCAAAUGGAUAGAGCCUUGGCCUGGACUCCCCCUUCCACCCUCUUGCUCCCCACUGUGCCAGCCAGCACAGCUGAGCUGGUGCAAAGAGCGAAGUAUUCUGCACAGUGUAUAGGACUGGCACAAGAUUACUCCCUGCUCACUGUCUAGAACAGGGGCGAGCAAACUUUUUGGCCUGAGGGCCGCAUCGGGUUUCAGAAAUUGUAUGGAGGGCCGGUUAGGGGAGGCUGUGCCUCCCCAAACAGCCAGCCGUGGCCCUGCCCCCUAUCCGACCCCCCCCCCUCGACCCCUGACUGCCUCCGCAGGACCCCUGCUCCAUCCACCCCCCAUGCUCCCUGACCACCCCCGGAACCUCCGCCCCUGACUGCCCCCCGCCUCCCCAUCCAACCCCUCCUCUCCUUCCUGACUGCCCCCCUCUGGGACCUCUGCCCCCAUUCAACCCCCCUGUUCACCGUCCUCUGACCGCCCCACCCCCUAUCCACACCCCCGGCCCCUGACUACGCCCCAAACUCGCCUGCCCUCUAUCCAACCCGCCCCCCCACACACACACACACUCCCUGUCCCUUUACCACACUGCCUGGAGCACUGGUGGCUGGCGGCGCGGCUGCACCAGAACAGGCAGCCACACACCAUGCAGCACAGAGCACCGGGUCAGGCCGGACUCUGCAGCUGCACUGCCCCAGGAGCUCACAGCCCCACCGCCCAGAGCAUUGCACUGGUGGCACAGUGAGCUGAGGCUGCAGGGGAGGGGCCGGGGGCUAGCCUCCCAGGCCAGGAGCUCAGGGGGCGGGCAGAACGGUCCCGGGGGCCGGAUGUGGCCCACGGGCUGUAGUUUGCCCACCUCUGGUCUAGAACAAGGGGCAACUAGGGACCAGAUAACUACACACUGCUAAUGACUCAGGGCUUGUGGCAAAGUCACAGUGUAGCCCUUAGCGAUUAUGAUCUAUUCAGCCAUAGACUUUGACUCUGGCUCUGUCACAAGUGAAUAUAAAGGAAUGCUAUAGAUUUAUUUAAUUCCUCCACUGUAUGUAUUCCUGAGAACCUUUGGGUGCAUGGAUCAACAAGUGGAUUACUUAGUAAUAACUGAACAAGGCUCUCUGGAGAAUAUACUGUAGAGAACUAUCCUGCACUGUGUAGAAUAAAUGACCUAACAGGGUUUUUUUUUAUUUCUAUCUCAUUUUUAUUCUCAUUUUACAUUACAGAUAACACUAAAGUUAACACAGGGUACGUUGUAUUGGUAAUAAGUUCAGUUAUUUAGACAACUUUUCUAAAGGUUUUGUUAUGAAGGAUAUAGUUUUAAAAUUUUCUAUUUUAAGGUCUGUGGCAUUUGUUUUAUAUUUAUUUACCUUUGUGCUGUAUUGUUUUGUUUGUUUAGCCCUAUGGUAUUAGGCAUUUCAAGUAUGCACAUGAACAGGGAAUCCACUAAACCAUGAAACACGAUAGGAGAUUAGAUUUGUAGCUGAAAUGUGUAUAUAAUUUUGAGAAUUGCUCCCUUUGGUAAGUAGAGAAAAAGGUGCGUUAAAACACUGGCCUGUGCAUGUGUGCGAGAAAGGGAGAUCUAUGCUACAUUGUAACAAAGCUACAGCAAAACUGCAACUGUCUAGACUAAUGUUGAAUAAAGCUCUAAUUCACUGCACUUACGUUC